CUGCUGCUGUAAUUCCCACUCCAUCUAUCCCCAGAAUUUAACACAGCACUAAACGCAGAUUACUACAUCUGUCCGCAACCCUUGCUAUACGAUUUCUCCUCCCGCGGCAAACCGCGCGCCAUGAAAGUCGGCGACCCAACCUACCGUGGCGAGCCAGUCCCUUUACCCGUGGAAAUAGUGUGGCAGAUUGCAUCGCACAUCAGACACAGCUCCUACUCCCCUUUCGAGUUAGAUUUUGCUUCCGGCCAUGGAUCCAGAGGUUCACGACAUGCCGAUUUUGGAAGCCUGCUUCUCGCCCAGAAGACGUUAUGGGCGUGCUGCCUGGUCUGUCGCCCAUGGUACACUGCAUCAAUAGAGCAUUUGUAUAACCGACCGCUCCUCAACAACCGCAACUUUGACCUGUUUGUACGAACCAUCGCACCCUCUUCAUCCACAACAUAUGCGCCGUCUUCGCCGAAGUCGACAGCCUCAUGCUCGUCCUCAUCAAGCCACCAAAAUCCCAGGCCAAGGCGGCGCGUGGGAUUGGAGAAGCUAAUCAAACACCUCGACAUGAGCGGACUGUCAUAUGAGAGUUCAAAGAGUCUGACUGCGCGCCUGAUCCGGCGGACCAAGGACUCACUGGAGGGCUUUGCGGCGCCAGCCAUCACAUUCUCAAUUCCCUCAUUGGCCCCCUUGUCCAAAUGCAUACACCUGAAAUACCUCGACCUCUCUACCGACUUCUACGACAUUGGACUGCCACAACUUCUCGAAGCCAUCCACCACCUGGACGGCAUCACGACCUUGAAACUCCCACGCAACGCACUAGUCAAGGAACGGAAACGAGACCCUAACACGAAUCUCCUGACAUCUCAGUACGUCCCGAAACCACCACCUUGGUCCAAGUGGCCCAAGAACCUGACCCAUCUACAACUAUCGCACUCGCUUUACGAGCACGAAGAGUCUUGGACAACACUACUUUACGACAGUCUACCGUCAACCCUGAAAUCACUCAGGAUAUCCGAGUGUGUGCACUAUUCAUCGCUACAAUGUCUAUGGCAAUGUCCAAGUCAUGGUCCUUGGUCUGAAGACACCACCAAUACCUCCCCAUCCCACGCUUCUACCACCUCCCAACCAUCAUCAAUUCCAACUCCACUUCCAAUUCCAGCAGCCUACACCAUCGAAUACCUCGACAUCGGCCCCGCCCUUCACGAAGACGGACUCCCAUUGGGCGCAAUCAUGCACGUCUUCCGCCACAUCAAAACUUUGGUUCUUCCAGCCCACGUCGGUGCGUUUCGGGCUCCAUUGUACGAAGACCAAGGUGGGGACUGGAUGUUCUGCAUUCGUCCCUGGUCCCUUCAAGACCACCCUCUUGAACGGCUGGUUCUUAGGGACUACGAUCACCCCGCGACGCCGAAUCUCGACGAAGCUUCGUGGAACUUGACGAUUUUGGCUGACCGGUUUCCGAAACUAAGACGCAUCGAGUUGCCCAAGAGGUUUUAUGAGUUGACUACGAGAGAGGAUACUGAUGCCUGGGGCACACUGAAUGAUAUGCUUGACAGGAGGAGGACCGAGUACGAGGACCAAAAAAUAAAGGAUGAGAUUGGGAUCUUUCGGAGAGAUUGAGUCGAGACGCAGUCGGAGUCGAGGCUAAGUCAAUCGGAUGGACUGAUCUGGCUGAUCUGGCUGAUCUGAACCUCGGGCAGGCCGCAGUCUCAGAAUUACAACAGUACAUCCUUGACUAGACGUGAAGAGGAAGAUAAAAGGACGAGAUUGGAAUCUUUCGUCAAGACUGGGUUGGGUGGAGAGGGCGUCGGAGUCGAGAUUGUGUCAAUUGAACCGACUGUCCUGACUGAUCUCGGGCAGGCCGCAGUCUCAGAACUACUAGUACAUCCU